AUGAUUUUGUUAUUAGUAUCUGUUGUUUUAGUGUUCGCUUUGUUGGUGUCUUGGAUUAGUUUAGUUAGACAAAGUCGCCGGUUUAAUGUAGACGGGCCAUCUCCACUGCCCUUAGUGGGAAAUGCACAUUUGUUUGUAGUUAAAUCUUCUGAGUUCUUGAACUUGGUUCAAAGACUAUCGGAAAAGUAUGGCAAAGUGUUCCGGGUACAUUUUUUCUCGACGCCAUACGUGGUGAUCUGCCAUGCAAAGCAGGCUGAGGAAUUAGUCUCAAGCAUAGAGCAUAUAACAAAAGGCAGGUCCUACAGCUUCCUGACAUGCUGGCUUGGUCAAGGCUUACUCACUUCCACAGGUCAAAGAUGGAAGACCCAUCGCAAGUUCUUGACUCCGGCAUUCCACUUCAAUAUCCUGCAGAACUUCCUCCCCGUAUUCUGCAAGAACCAGCGCGUACUGACGGAGAAGCUGCGAGGUCUUGCCGACGGCCGCCCGAUUGACAUGUUCCCUAUAAUUGCUUUGGCUGCCCUUGAUAAUGUCACAGAAUCCAUUAUGGGCGUCUGCAUGGAAACCCAAAAAGAUAGCCAGUCUGAAUAUGUGAAGUCCAUUGAAGAAUUGUCAGCAAUAGUAACAAUGAGGAUGCAAAUACCAUUCUUCGGUGAAGACGCCAUAUUUAAUCUGCUGCCGUACAAGACAAGACAAGAUAAAGCAUUGAAAGUAUUACAUGGACAGACAAACAAAGUAAUUGAAGCAAGGAGACAGGAACUGAAGAAGGCAAAAAUAACUGCUCUUCCUGACAAUAAUGAUAUUGGCAUAAAGAACAAGCAUGCGUUCUUGGACUUGUUGCUGCUCGCUGAAAUUGAUGGCAAAAAGAUUGAUGACGAGAGCGUGAGAGAAGAGGUCGACACAUUCAUGUUUGAGGGCCAUGACACAACAACUUCGGGCAUUGUAUACACACUCCAUUGUCUCUCUAAACGCAGAGAUGUCCAAGAGAAAGUCUAUGAGGAACUGAAGACUAUCUAUGGAAAUGAAAUGCACAGAGACCCGACUUACCAUGAGCUUGCACAAAUGAAAUACUUGGAGCUGGUCCUCAAGGAGUCGAUGCGGCUGUUCCCGCCUGUGCCUCUGAUUGAGAGAAGAAUCAUGAAGGAUUGUGAGGUGGGAGGUUUGAAACUAUUGAAAGGUACUUCAGUAGUGAUGAAUAUCUACCAGAUCCAGCGGCAGCCAGAUUUGUAUGAUGAUCCUUUGGAGUUCCGUCCUGAAAGAUUUGAGGCUCCCCUGAAAAACCCCUUCAGCUGGCUGGCGUUUAGUGCUGGUCCUAGGAAUUGUAUUGGUCAAAAGUUCGCGAUGAUGGAACUGAAGAUCACUAUCUCGGAGAUUAUCAAGCACUUCUACAUACUACCAGCAGCCCAGGAACCAGAGUUGAGUGCUGAUCUAGUUCUGAGGUCCAAAAAUGGAGUCCAAGUGAAGUUUAUGCCGAGAAAGUAA